GCAGCCUCGCGCCCUCUUUCUUUCUUUCUCUCUCUCUCUUUCACUCUCUCACUCUCACGCACACAAGGAAAAGAAGCAAAGCUCCCUCCUGGAGUUUUAUUUUCAACUUUGCUUUGGCUUUUGGAGACAAGAAGAGGCUCAACCAUGACUCUCCAGAGAAGCAGCUGCCUCGUCUUGACCUUGGCCCUCCUGCAGUUAGCCCACAGGGUGGCGCCCGCUUGCCCCUCCGCCUGCCAGUGUCCCCUGGAAGUCCCCAGGUGCGCCCCAGGAGUCGGGCUGGUCCUGGACGGGUGCGGAUGCUGCAAGGUCUGCGCCAAGCAGCUCAACGAGGACUGCAGCAAGACGCAGCCCUGCGACCACACCAAGGGCCUGGAAUGCAACUUUGGCGCCAGCACCACCGCUCCGAAGGGCAUCUGCCGAGCCCAGUCCGAAGGGAGGCCCUGCGAGUACAACUCCAAAAUCUACCAGAAUGGGGAGAGCUUCCAGCCCAACUGCAAGCACCAGUGUACCUGCAUCGAUGGGGCUGUGGGCUGUGUGCCACUCUGCCCGCAAGAGCUCUCCCUCCCUAACCUGGGAUGCCCGAACCCCAGGCUUGUGAAGAUCCCCGGGCAGUGCUGCGAGGAGUGGGUCUGCGACAACUCCAAAGACACCCUGGAAGACCUGGACGGCUUCUUUGGGAAAGAUUUUGGCCUGGAUGUCUCUGAAGGAGAAUUGACCAGGAAAAAUGAGCUCAUCGCUAUCGUGAAGGAAGGGCUGAAAAUGAUGCCUGUCUUUGAGUCUGAACCUCGCAGCCAUUCCUUUGAGAACCCCAAGUGCAUUGUCCAAACCACCUCCUGGUCCCAGUGUUCGAAGACCUGUGGGACUGGCGUCUCGACCCGAGUCACCAAUGACAACCCCAGCUGCAGGCUAGUGAAAGAGACCAGGAUAUGCGAAGUGAGGCCAUGUGGGCAGCCUAGCUACGACUCUUUGAAGAAGGGAAAGAAGUGCACCAAGACCAGAAAGUCCCAAGCGCCUGUCAAGUUCACGUACGCCGGAUGCUCCAGUGUGAAGCGGUACCGCCCCAAGUACUGUGGCUCCUGCGUGGAUGGGAGGUGCUGCACUCCUCAGCAGACCAGGACGGUCAAGAUCCGGUUCCGCUGUGACGACGGAGAGACCUUCUCCAAGAAUGUCAUGAUGAUCCAGUCUUGCAGAUGCAACUACAACUGCCCUCAUUCAAACGACGCCUACCCCAAUUACCGGCUAUUUAACGACAUCCACAAAUUUAGGGACUAAAUUGUGACAUGGGCAGGCUUGAGCAAGAGCCUUAACUUGUUUGUUUUUUUCAAGUCUUUUCUGAAGUAACAGUGAAGAAAUAUAAACUCUUAUGGAAGUGGUGCCUUUGCCCAUUGGAGGGCAACACUGAGACACAAGAAUGCACUGUGCAACUGGAUACUAAUGCCACAGUUUGAGCAUAUUUAAAGCUUCAUAAUACUGGAGCAAUCUCGUUGCUUCAUUUUGGAGCACUUUUCAUGAUUACUGAUUUCUGUUUGUUAACUGAUCUGUUUGUAUGUUUGUCUGUCUGUUCCGGUUAUGAAAAACUUUUCAGUUCCCUAUUUUCCAUCAUCAUACCACACUUUUGUUGUUGUUUCAAAACAACUUCAUGUUGGAGGUUACAUUCCUUCCUAAGGUGGGGACUUUUGGAGUUCUCAUCUAUGGCAGCUAUAGGUACCAGCUAUAUAUAUAUUUCACACCCGCAAACAGAAAUUGGUUGUUGUUUUUUUUAAGCUGAAUAUUUUAUUUAUCAAAAUGUAGCUCUUUUUUUUGUUUUGGAGGAAAAAAAUCCCUAAUACUGGAAUAAGUUGUAAAUGAUUUAAUUUUAUAUUCAAUGAAUUAAGAGAAUUUUAUUUAUGGAAUUAAUCAUUUAAUAAAGAAAUAUUUACCUAA